GUGAUGUUGACUGUAGUUAUGACGUUUGGUUUGGUUUGGUAUUCCAAUAUAAUUCCAAUCUUUGAUUCCAAUUACCAGAAAGCUGAAUAAUUUAUUUCUCUCAUUUUGUAAUAUUAGUAACUUGCAGAUUAGAGAGUUAAAGAAAUAUUGUGAAAUGUAAAGUAUUUUAAGAUUACCUGCUAUAUUUUUAGCUAUCAAAUAAGGUUCUCUAUGAUAAGAGGCGAUUUGUAUAAUAAAUAUACAAUAGUAUCACAAUUUGGGCUCAUUUUAUUAAGUGGAAAACAAACAUGAGUAGAUUGUUUUUUCCAUUAUCUGGAAAAUGUAUUUACAUUAACAUGUUAGUCAAGUGGUUAUAAUUUUCAUAAAGCUUGUGCUUGAAGUUAUCCAAGUUAUGAAAUCUAUAAUAUGGUAAUUAAGUAUAUCUAAAUUUAGUCAGAAUUGUUAAACAAACAAAUACUAUGGAGGAUUUGAGCCCUAGUGACGAUGCGAGCGUGUAUGAUAUAUAUGGAAAAACACCUCCUAGGACAAAACUUCUAAGAAAAAAUAGAGAAAAAAAGCAAAAAUACUUAUCUGGGUCGGAUACAUCUGUAACAAAGCAUCAUAAACAUAAACAUUCUUUAACUAGGAGAAAUACAGUAAGCACAAUGUAUGAUGAACUUAUUGCUAAUGCUGACAAAUCUGACUCUGAACAAGGUUUUGCUGCUAAGAAAGUGAAUAAACGUAACAUGAAAUUAUUAAGAGGUUCAGAGAGAGAUCUAAAGUUGGAUAUUGUUAGUGCUCAGGCUCCAUUCCAAUAUGGAGGCCCCAAAAAACCAUCACAGAAUUGGCACAAUACACCCAAGACUCCUUUACCCAGUUAUCAAAUUGAAAGUGGAAAAAGAUUUAUGAGUUUAAUGUGUAGAACUAUACCUUGCCAUAAACAAACCGGGGAAUCGCGUAAUUGUAAAAUUCUAAAAGACUAUGAUUUUACCGUCAAAGGAACCUCAUCUGAUUCAAUUGAGUGUCCACAAAGUAGAGUAGACUUUUAUCAAACUUUAAGUGUGUUAAUUAGAAUGGGAGGAACAAAAGAUGAAAGAAAUCCUAGAAGAGUGAUGAGUCGAGAGGAAUCACUCUGGCAAAAUGAACUCAAGGAUCUUAUUUGGCUUGAACUGCAAGCAUAUCAUGCUGAUAGAACUACAAUUGAAGAAGAUGAAUAUCUGUGUGCUGCAAGAGAAUCUGUAGAACCGCUUUUACAGAACAUUAUGAAUUACCGAUUUCGCAGGCAUUCAAGGAAGUAUAGUUCACAAAACAGCGAUAGCGGCGUAGAAGAUGACUGUCCUGGUUGUGCUUCUAUUUUCUGCGUUUCCUGUAUGGAAGCACAAAAUGAAGCACUAAGGGAAAUUGAAGGAUUAAUGAAGAGACUGGAAGAUGUUGAAGCUUUAUUCCCAUCUUCAAAAGCCUUUGCAGAAUUAUACCCUUUGUAUAAUAGUCCGGAGUUUGUUAGUAGGGUAAAAGCUAUAAGUUUAUGGUUUAAUAUGACGCGAAUUCAAAGACUUAAACUGAAUAUUCUGGCGCGUUUGGUUCUCUGCUUAGAAUCGAGACAUUCAAAUUGGCCGGUACUGUGCGAGGAUGUAACAUCAGGAUCGUCUUCGGAUAGUAACAACAGUACUGGAUCCUCUGUUGUCGAAUUUUGCGUCAACAGAAACGAUAUGUACAACAUUGUUCCUUUGGCCAUGUUCAUUAGUAAAAAAGAUGACAACAAUAUAUCGCCCUAUAGGCGGUAUAUCGAGAAUAUAUUGAAAACCAGAGCCUUGUAUAAAAGUUUGAACUUUUUGGAAGCUUUGCACCACAAUGUGCUUGAAAAAGUACAAAUCACGUUGGAAAAACCAAAAGAUAUGGAAAUUUUUUCUAAGAUGAAUUGCGAUUCUCAGGAGGAAGAAUUACAUAGAUUUGGUAGUUGGAGCCCUGAAGCACAAAACAUUGAUCUCCCAUCUUACAAAUCGAUGUUUUUAUUCUUGACUGGAGUACCAUUAGAAGUUAUACAAGAAUAUUUACAAAUGAGGUUAGAACAGAAACCUGAGAAUCCCUCUCCGUUAAGUGUUAGACAAUUGAUGAGGGAACUUAAAGAAGGCUUAAGAAUUGCCUCCAAAGAACGAGAUCGAGUAGAAAAAUACAUUGCUGCUGUUAAAUCUGGUUGCGACAAAAUUCCGGAUUGCCACUUGCAACGAAUACAAGUAUUCGACGAUUGCGUAUUAAAAGUUUUUAAGGAUUAUCUCGAAUAUCUGGAGCAAUGGGUCCUGUUCCACCAUAACACUUUCCAGAAAAAUUUGCUCGAGGAGGAAUACAAUUUUUCUUUCUCCGUCGUUAAACAUAUAGACAGGGGAAACGAAUUACUAGGAACAAAAUAUGGAAACAUUUUGGGUACAAUUUUGGAAAGAAUAGCGACGAGAUUGUUAAAGAAAAUCGAUGAAUUUUUGGACGAGGUCAAUAAAGACGUAGAUACACUUAAACAAACCCUUUUUUCUAUAUGUAGAGAAUUACAAACAAUUUUUAACGAAGAACGCGAAAUGAGUAUGAAAGCUAUGGCAUUCACUAAAAUGAUAUUUUCGAGGGGUUCCAGUGCCAUGGAUAAAGAAGUGUACAAAUUUUUACUGAAAUCUAUAGUAGCUUUUAAAUGUAUCAUACCAAAAGCUAUAGCCAAAGUACAAAGCCUUUUUGACUAUAUCACUUCAGAUAACCUGGAGGAUAUGGAUAAGGCAGCUUUAACUUCUAGAAUAAGGGAAAUAUUAAUGCAGAUAUAUAGGUUUGGUUUUGAGUUUUAUAAAGAAAUGACUGACGGCUCGCCAAAUGAUUAUAGAUCAAGAAUAGUGUAUAGUAUGGUUCAUUUUGCUAAGCUGUGGAUGACGUUUGUGACAGAAAGAUGUGAAAGAGGAAGAGGUAUGAGACCAAGAUGGGCAAAUCAGGGUAUGGAAUUUCUUUUAACUGUAUGUGAACCAGCCAACACAAAAUACUUGACUGAAGAGGAAUUUGAAGAUCUUAAGAAAAAUAUGGAUGAAUGUAUAUCCCACUUGAUAGGUACUACUGCACCUUCAACUCCUGAAAGUGGAUUUUACUCAGCCUCUCCACGAAUAUCUUUGGAGCAUAUAAGGACUCGGUCGAGGGGGUCGUCUCCUAGCCCCAGACCCACCUACAAAAGUCAACGAUCGGCUCCAUUAAGAAAAACUAGCUUAGAACAGUCACCCAUUUCUGACCUGGUGGAUAAUGUCAACUUAAGUUUUAACAGUUUGAAGAAAGAAGACAAAACUAUUACACCCAUUGUUAAAAUCAAACUACCACCAAAGACACAUUCUGAGAGAGUCAGAGACGCUAUUGAAAUGUUAGAGAAUAAAAUGAACGAGUCAUUGCACAAAGAACACCUUAUAGGAAAGAUUUUAGAACGCAAUACAGAGAAGCAAUCUCAUGUAAGAAGGAGAUGUGUAACAUUCUCUUGGCAAAGAGGCAUCAAAAUAGGUCAGGGAAGGUUUGGUAAAGUUUAUACUGCUGUUAAUAAUAAUACCGGCGAAAUGAUGGCAGUCAAAGAAAUUUCAAUUCAGCACAACGACAAGCUGACUAUUAAGAGGGUCUCUGAAGAAAUGAAAAUUUUGGAGGGUAUCUCGCAUGAAAACUUGGUUAAAUACUAUGGCAUUGAAAUUUACACAGAUAAAAUGUUACUUUUUAUGGAAUUUUGUGCUGAAGGUACUUUGGAGAAUUUAAUCAAAGCCACUGAAGAGGGUUUACCUGAAUUGCUGGUUAGAAAAUAUACCUACCAAUUGCUGUGUGGUGUAGCAUGCUUGCAUGAUCAUGGCAUAGUUCAUCGCGAUAUUAAACCGGCAAAUAUCUUUCUUACUCAGGAAGGAAAUUGCUUAAAAAUCGGCGAUUUUGGAUGUGCAGCUAAAAUUAAAAACAAUAACACUAUGCCUGGAGAAUUACAGGGAUUUGUUGGAACUCAGGCUUACAUGGCUCCCGAAGUGUUCACAAAAAACAUGAACGAAGGUCAUGGCAGAGCAGCUGAUAUUUGGUCUGUAGGAUGCGUCGUGGUUGAAAUGGCUUCAGGAAAACGUCCCUGGGCUCAGUUUGAUUCAAAUUAUCAAAUUAUGUUUAAAGUGGGAAUGGGUCAAAGUCCAGAUCCUCCAGAUGACAUGAUAGAUGAGGGUUUAGAUUUUCUAGAAUUAUGUUUCAAACAUAUACCAAAAGAAAGAGCGACUGCGCACCAACUUUUAGAUCAUAACUUUGUUAAAGUAGGUGAUGAUUUGGUGUAGAUAUAAGUGAUAUAUUCUUUCACAAUUAAGUAAUUUUAAAGUGUCACAAAUCUAAAUAUGUUAAAGUGUUAAAAUAUAUUUUGAUCUUGAAUAUUAAUGGUUAAGAUAAGAUUGAUAUCAAAUGUCACUUAAUUAUAUAGAAAGAAUAGGUAUUUUCAUUUAGAGUUGUUAUUUUCUUAAUAAUACAAAUUUACUUAACACAAAAGACCAAAUAUUCUGUUAUAAAAUCUGAUGUACCUAUUAUGGUAAGAUAUGUGUAAAAUUUCUGUUAACACCCAAUAUGGUUUCCGUCUAAGGUAAAGUUGUUAACAGAGUAUUUAAUGUUUAUAAAUACCUAUAUAGUCUAUCGUUUUAUAUGCACCUUGUGUACUAUUUUUAUUUAUACAAUGAUUUUAACUGUAAAUAGUAAUAAUUUAAAGGACAAUUAUGUAUUUCAAACACAGCCUUUUUAUAUUAAAAUGGUUCUUUUUA